AGAGGUGGCGGCUGGCCCUGGCCGAGGCCCCUGCACUCGAGGAAAGGAGAGCCACGAACGCAGGACAAAGCCACGGCGCUCAGGGGAACAUCCAGCUGAUGGGCAUGGGGGCUACUCAAGUGAUGAGAACCUGGAGAGACUGGAUCCCUCUAAGGCUGCUGACCAGCUCAGUCUGGACCCAGGAUGGACAGCUGGUCCAGAGGCUCCACCACUUCACCGGGACCAUCACCACACUCUUCUGGGCAGCACCCAUGCUCACUGAUUGGAUCGCCAGUGGUGCAGCCCCACCCACUGUGACAAGUGGGGGAUUUUUUCAAUGGUUUGCAUGAACAUAGUGUGUGCCUCAGUUUCCCUGUUCUGUGCAUUAACAAAGUGGGGGAUGGGGUUUGUUGUUGCAGGGGACCAGGUGUGACCUCGCCUACCAGCCAGGACCCCGGACAAUGGCCUGGAGAUUGGGUGCCCAGUGGGGGGACAGUGGGCUGAGGAGGGACGUCGGGGCCAGCUAGUGGGAACAAAGGACGGCGGAAGGAGGGCCCAGGUCUGAUGCCCCCACUUUUUGCAAGGACAAGCCCUGCGGUGGCGCUGCUCCGAGGCGUGGCCCCCGGUGACCCCAGCGAUGAAUCUGGAUGAGUUCACAUCCAGGAACAGACUUGACCCCUUUGGGAUUGAUGCAGCCAGCAGGGCUUGGAAGUGCUGGAGGAACUGGGGGGCUGUGCCCUGUAGAGGAAGAGGGAACACCCACAUCGGAGUGAGCUGCAGCUCCAGCCCCAAGGCGAAGGGACGUGUGUCAGGCACGCAGCCGCGGGCCGGGACCUGGCCCUGAGCCCAGAGGAGCUCCCAGCGCCCUGCACCCUACGGAGGAUGUAGACUCUCCCAGACCAUGGGUGAAGUACAGAAGGGGCUGCUCGCUGUCAUCCAAAAACUCAAGGGCUCCGUGGAGCAGGAACUGCGGAUCGUCCUGCUGGGGCUGGACAAUGCCGGAAAAACCACACUGCUGAAGUGCCUGGCAUCGGAGGAGGUCAGCACCAUCACCCCCACGCAGGGGUUCAACAUAAAAAGUGUGCACUCACAUGGCUUCAGGCUGAACGUCUGGGACAUCGGCGGGCAGCGUGCCAUCCGCCCCUACUGGAAGAAGUACCUGGGCAACACAGACAUGCUGAUUUACGUCAUUGACAGCGCUGACAAGAAACGCUUUGAGGAGACCGGGCAGGAGCUGGCGGAGCUGAUCGAGGACGAGAGUCUCACCGGUGUCCCUUUGCUGGUGUUUGCUAACAAGCAGGAUCUAGCAAGUGCAGCACCAGCUGCAGAGAUCGCAGAGGGACUGAACCUACCUACGUACCGGGACCGCCAAUGGCAAAUCCAGGCCUGCUCAGCCCUGUCUGGGGAAGGAGUCCAGGAUGGGAUGAACUGGAUUUGCAGCCAGAUCACAAGCCGGAAGAAGUGACUGAAUCGAGCUGCAGUUCACACAGCCACGCUCACCAGCUCCCAGAGAUUCCCAGAAGUAGACCGGGGCCCUCCCUGGACCCCCAGCCCCAGGCUGCUGAGCUCAAAGGGCCUUUCCCGGCCAAGCUCUCAUUGCUCAUCAGCUUCUCUGGAAUUCCUCACCCUCCUGGGUUUCAUUUGGUCUCUGGUGUAUCUGCAGUUCCUGAAUUGUGGAGGGAGGGCAGCAGCAAGGGCUCCAGUGGAGCCAGGGCACUGGCAAGCCUCUAGACCAGUGCUUUUCAAAGUUCGGGUCGCGACCCAGCACUGGGUUGCUCUGGUCAGCUAGUGCCGACCUGUUCCGACACCGCACUGCGCCCAGGAAGUGGCCAGCAGCAGGUCCGACUUCUAGGCAGGGGGGCCACGGAGCUCCGCGCCCUGCCCCCACCCUGGGCAGCAGCUCUGUAUUCCCAUUGGCCAGUUCCCAGCCAAUGGGAGCUGGGGUGGGCAGUGCCUGCACAUGACAGCCAUGCGGAACUGCUUGCGCGCCUCCGCCUAGGAGCCGGACCUGCUGCUGGCUGCUUCAGCACAGCACAGUAUGCGGUGCCAGGACAGGUGGGAAGCCUGCCUCUGCACCCCUGCUGUGCCGCUGACUGGAAGCAAGUCCGUGCCCCAACCCUAUGCUCCAAUCCCCUGCCCAGCCCUGAGCCCUCCCAACCCAGAACCCUCUCCUGCACCCCAA